GACGCCAUCAGGACGUUACGGGGAGGCAGUACACACUAACCGGCGAGCGGGCUCCUUACAUUAGCUCCGUCACAGAGCUACAGUUUACACCACUUUACACCAUGCAGAGGGUUCUCUGUGAUAAACACGGCGGGUUCUGCUUGUUGAAGACCGGGGUGAAGGAAGGGCCGAAUAAAGGGAAGAGUUUCUACGUUUGUACAGCCCGCGACGAAACACCCUGCACUUUCGCUCAGCCUGCCGAAGUUCCACCUUCUCACUGCCUUCUCCAUGAAGAUGCAUUGGUCGAACUUCAGGCUGUAAUUCACAAUGAAAAACAGAACAAUUACAAGUUAUUGUAUCGCUGCGUGACAGGAAAGAAAGAGGGACAGAAGUGGUGUGGGAGUAUUCCAUGGUUAGAGAAAGAUACAGAAAGGAGUCCCUUGUCAGACAAAAAGAAUCACCAUUCAAGUCUACCUCCUGUUAGAAACCCCUUCAAAGCCCCUAGCAAAGUAGACCAAACUUCAGAGUGGAGAAAACUUCAAGAAGGAAAAGCAGUGAAAGGAGAAGUGCCACAAGAAAACAUGAGAGGUUCUAAAAGUACAGCUGUCUCAAAUAGAGAAGUCACCAGUUGUGCAGAGCAAGAGCCUGAAGAGUCUUGGAGAAAUAAGCAACUUCCUGCAGGAAUGAAAAUAAAAAAGCGAACAUCUGAUGAGGAGAGGAAGAACAGUGGCAGUGGUGAAGUGGCUGCUACUGGAGCAAAGGACACUGAGGCUUCAAACGCUAACCAAAAGUUUGAAAGUAUAAAGCAGCAACAAAUGGAGAAAAACUUGAAAUCAUAUGCCCAAGGGGUCCACAAUAAAGAGGAAAGGGUCGAAGCAGCCCCAGACACUGUUCAAACAGUUCAGUCAGAAGUCUCCCAACAAACCCCUCCUCAAAAAGCUGAGGGUAUUCGUCAUAAAACAUCUGCCGUACACUGUGUAAAGCAAAACAUCACCUCUAAGGAAACUGUUACAUCAGCUGUAGACUCGCAGCUACUAACUUCCACUAAAAAGACGCCUAGUCCACAACCUGCCAAAGCAGACAACCCAAACUCUACAUUAGAAGUUCCAAAUGGUACCCAAGCUACAGAAUCUAACCCGAGUCAGGAGAAAACUCAGAAGAGCAAGAGCUCUAUUAACUCUCCUUUUGGAGAGUUUAGUGAUGAGGAUAAUGAUGUUCAGCUGGUGUCUGUGCAGCCAGGUCCUGUACAGGCCUCCCUAACCCCAACUAGACAGGUUCAGAAAACCCUCACAUCCUACGCUGGCUUCCAGCCUGCCUCAAAAGUCAAGAGUAAAGAAGACCCCAGAGCUCUCCACAGCCAACUAACAUCCCAGCUUAAACAGAAGAAGGCCACCCUCUCAGCGGUGAACGUUUCUGCACUUCCCGAUAAAGGAGAGCGACUGAAGAGUCAAGUAAAGCAGCUGGAAGAGGCACUGGACGCUUUGAGUCUGACCAGUUCUGCUCUAACUGAGUCUCAGGAUGCAGACCGUGAGCAACAGCAGAAACCUGUACCUAUUUCAAAUCAGUCCAACCCUUUCAGCCGACCAGGAGGCACAAGGCUUUUGGCAGAGGCACCAGUACUUUUCCAGCAGAAAGCUUCUGUCAGCUCCUUAGAACUACAUCUCAGUCAGGGUUACACACAGAUGUAUGGAGUGAAUCCUGAGAACCAGGCUUUCUAUGGAGGGAGAAUGACUGAGAACAGACUGCUUGCUGUCCGCAACGCCACCACUGAGGCAAUUGACCACCUCCACAACUCACUGGAGUCCUGCCCUUCACCAGAUGCAGAGGCAGAGGACCCCAAAGGAAUCAAGGUCCAGUUAUUACCUCACCAGAGAAGAGCCCUGGCAUGGCUGCUGUGGAGGGAGACUCAAAAUCCCUGUGGUGGUAUUCUUGCGGAUGACAUGGGUUUGGGCAAGACCCUCACAAUGAUUGCUCUCAUUCUGGCACAGAGGAAAAAGAAGGAGGAAAAGGACACAAAACUAGAAGGAUGGAUCUCCAAAAAUGACUCCUCUUUGGUGGCGUCUCAGGGAACUCUGAUCAUCUGUCCUGCCUCUCUGCUGCAUCACUGGAAGAAGGAGAUUGAGAAACACGUAAAGAACAGUCGGCUGAGUGUGUGUCUCUACCAUGGGCCAAACCGACAGAAAAGUGCAAGCGUACUGGCAGAGCAUGAUGUGGUGGUCACCACAUACAGUCUGGUCUCUAAAGAGAUCCCUGUUCAGAAAGAAGACGCAGAACGUCCAAGUCAGGACACAGAGCUUACGGCAUCAGAAAUGGCCCCUCUCCUGCGUGUUGCUUGGGCUCGUGUGGUUCUGGAUGAAGCUCACAACAUCAAAAACCCUAAAGUUCAGACCUCCAUGGCUGUGUGCAAGCUCCGGGCCCGAGCACGUUGGGCUGUCACUGGAACCCCAAUUCAGAACAACCUGCUGGACAUGUACUCACUGCUAAAGUUUUUGAGGUGCUCUCCCUUUGAUGAAUAUAAGCUGUGGAAGGCUCAGGUAGACAAUGGUUCAAAGAGAGGAGGAGAGAGACUCAACAUCCUCACCAGGUCUCUGCUUCUCCGCCGAACCAAGGAUCAGAAAGACUCCACAGGCGCGCCUCUGGUAUCUCUGCCGGACCGAACCUGUGAAGUCCACAGAGUAAAACUGUCUGAAGAUGAGCAGUCUGUUUAUGAUGUAGUAUUUGCACAGUCCAGAUCCACCCUUCAGUCCUAUCUGAACAGGCAUGAGGGAGGAGACGCUAAACAAGGGCACAGUGGCAACCCAUUUGAGAAAGUUGCACGCGAGUUUGGGAUGUCCCAGCAGGAGUCUGUGUCCUCCUCUCAGAACUCUCAGAAGGGUUCUAGCACCAUCCACAUCCUGUCUCUGCUGCUGCGUCUCAGGCAGUGCUGCUGCCACCUGUCUCUGCUUAAGAAGACACUGGAUCAGUCAGAGCUGCAGGGUGAUGGAAUAGCUCUGUCUUUAGAGGAGCAGUUGUGUGCCCUGUCUCUGUCUGAGCCCUCUCAGUCCGACCCAAAAGCCACGGUCUCCCUUAAUGGCAGUCGCUUCCGUUCUGAGCUUUUUGAGGAAAGUCGUGAGAGCACCAAGAUUUCAGCUAUUCUUUCAGAGUUGAAAGAGAUCCGUAAGAAAAAUCAGAAAAGUGUGGUUGUUUCCCAGUGGACAAGUAUGCUACAAAUUGUAGCAGUUCAUUUGAAGAAGAUGGGUCUGCACUUUGAAGUUAUAGACGGCAAAGUCAAUCCAAAGCGGCGCAUGGACCUGGUGGAGGAAUUUAACACUAACCCUAAAGGACCACAGGUAAUGUUGGUGUCCUUAUGUGCUGGUGGAGUGGGCAUUAAUCUGACUGGUGGUAACCAUCUGUUCCUCAUAGACAUGCACUGGAAUCCAGCACUGGAGGACCAGGCCUGUGAUAGAAUUUAUAGAGUGGGUCAGCGUCUGGACGUUACUAUUCACAGGUUUGUUUGCGAGGGCACGGUGGAGGAUAAGAUCUCCUCACUGCAGGAGAAGAAAAAGGAGCUGGCCCAGAAAGUCCUGUCCGGAACUGGCUCCUCCUUCACCAAACUCUCCCUCGCAGAUCUCAGGGUCAUCUUCGGUGUGUAAUGGAGAUAUUUGUGGCAGUAGCUAUAAUGAAUUAUAUCAUCAGAAUGCAAUACUAAAUCAGCUCCAUACUGAAGAACCAAAUGGAACUCAUUUCAUGAGAAAUGCCAGAUGAAGAAAUGUCUUAUUUCAAACUGCUGUGGAAUGUAAUUGUGUUAACUUGUCCAUGGUUGGCAUUCUAUUGGUACUCUGUUUGAUCAUUACUAUAUCUUAACCAGAAGGAGUUCAAAGUUUCUGCUUGUUUACACUAUAUUUUACUCAUGUUGCCUAUAAAACUGUAUAAAACUAAAACAUUCAAUGCAUUAAUAAUACAUUGGAUGUAUAGGUUGGAACACAGCUUUUGGCAAAUACCCUACAGCAACAUACUGCUGUUUAAGUAAUAAACAUACUGCUUUUAGUAAGAGCAACUACUCUUCCGACUGAAACUUUGACAGAUGUUGAGACCUGCGCUAAUUAAUCUCUAAUUAUGAUUGUUUUUAUUUGUUUAUCUGAUAUGUGUUGUUUGUUUAUUUGUAAGGCACUUCAAGCUUGAUUUUAUAAAUAAAACAAAUGAAAUACUUGAACAUGUAA